UUGUCGUGACGCAGGUACCAGAUCAACUGUAAAAUUGUUGCCAGAGUUGCAUUUUUGCAGCAAUGAUCAGCAAAAUUCGGCAGCAGGCGCUCAAACCAGUCGGUGGAUCUCUAGCCUUCCAGCAAUUACUUCUCAGGACGACACUGGUGUCCAUUCCAAGAUGGCAGAGAACGAGUAUAAAUGUGCCAUGGUCACGCUCGGGGUGAUACACAUUAUCGAUGGGAUAGUGCUGCCCAGUCUUUGGGGCGUAUCGUGGAUCUGGGUCUACUACACCGCCACAGAUUUUGCCGGCCCAGAGGUUUGGGGAAGCAUUUUGUUCUUCAUUCCUGCGGGUAUUCUCGGAAUAAUUGCCGGAGUUUCCAAGAACCGGGGAGUGGCGAUUGCGAGUAUGGUGAUGAACAUUUUGGGAGGAGUUGUCGCACUUGUCGUUAUAAUCCUAUUGGCAAUAGUCACCGGAAUCGACUCCACGAGCUCCCAUAGUUUCGCCCUUGAUAUAGUGGUGGACGGUAUUUCAAUCAUCGUUGCCCUUUUAGAGGGCGUGGUUUGCAUCGUGGCUGCUGUCUACUCAUUCCGGGUCUUCAGGGUGGCCCCCCGACCAACGCCAUCUACUACUGUGGUUUACAAUGCCGCGGCGUACCCAGCCGGGCAACAGUACCCGGCCCAGCCUCUCCAGACACAAUACGCCGGUCAGCCAGUGCAGAUGCUAUACACAGCGCAACCAGCGCAGGCACAAUACGCGGGCCCGGGAGGUCAGGCGCCGCCGGACGCCGCGGGUCAGCAGCAGGCACCGGUGCAGUACGCCACCGCGCCAGCACAGGAUCAGUACGCUGCACCUCCACCAACGGAAGAAAAGCACGGCGGACCACCGGAAGUGUAAACAUAAAACGAAGCCAGCCAAGCAGCGUCUGCCAUCUUGGGUCAACCAUGACGCAUGCGUAGUUGCCUUAACGCGAUUAUUUUAACAGGUAGUUGCAAUUUGAUUUCUUCUGCAGAGUUAAGGCGCGAAAAUAAGAAUUGUAUUUUCUGAUCAGUUUUUGUGUGUGGAAUGAAUCAAUCUUUAUAGAGAGGUCAACAACCAAAGAAUAAUUGAUCAUUACGGGAGUUUUUGUUUUUGAAGUGGAAAUAAAACAAUAGAAGAAAGUGAUUUUUGGGGGAUCCAGGAUGGCGGAUCUGUUGCUUCAAGGUGCAUUGGCCAGUUUGUUGCAGCCAGUUCAAUUAGUAUAGAGGUCAGUGGGUAAAUUCCAUGGAGCUGUUAUGCCUAGUAAGAAUUAUUUGCUUUAGCAAAGGCAGGUUACCAGCAAAACUGUAGAUGUUUAUUGCUUGUGAUUGGUUUUCAGCAUACUAAUAAUUAGUACAUUAUAUAAAACCUACAUUUGCUCAGAAAUGUAAAGGGCUUAAGCAGCUGUACUGGACCUGUUAUCAAACUACUCCUUCCAUCCCCCUUAACAAAAUAUUGCAAGCUUCUGGUAACCAGUUUUUUGUAAACCACGAUCUCAAAACUUUUGAAUUGCAGGGCCGUACGAAAAAAAAACUGGAAAACAAAUUAUGGGAACUCAUCGUCCCCCAGGGAAAUUUAUCAUUGCAUUGCGAUUAGGAAGUUUGUUUUAUCUUUAAAAAAAAUUGUAGCCACGAGACCUCGGGGACCUUCCAAAUAAUUAGGCAAAACAUUUAAUGAGAUGCACUUUUAUGUAAUAUUUUUUUUGUAGCAUAUCAUGUGUUUUCGUCGUCUUUGAAACUGACAGUUACAUAAAAACACUGCCUUUAAGUGUGUUUUGCACUAAAAACGCAAAGAUCAAAAAGAAAUGUAGUGGAAUACGGAUAGUAGUUUCGGCCUUCAUUGUAUUAAGUGUGAAAAAGUGUGUUAUAAUUUGCUAAAGUUACUAUUUUUAAGGUCAUUGUAUAAUUUGUAAAACUCUUUAGCAUUUUAUUAUCGCAUACGCAGAGUUAUUAGUUACUUUUGCAAGUCAUAAUAUCGUUUUUCCCCUCUUCCAACCGUUUUUAACCAAUUGAACGCACACCAUAACUGUCAUUUUUAGUAAAACCGUUACGACUCGCGUCUAAAAAAUAGCGAUUUGAAACACUCCCGGCGCAGUUUAUGAUGAGUCUUUGGUUACUGCAUCAUAACUUUCAUCAUGAAUGCAGUUUUAUGAAUUCUCUUAAGAAGCAAGUUAUUUUGCGCUACCGUUUUAAGAAGAAGACCCCCAAAAAUAAUUCUUCUGUAUAAAUGGAUCGAUGUUUUAACAUAAAUUAUUGAAAUAGUUUAUUUUCUCUUUGUAAGUGACUGUAAGUUGUUUUGUGGAUUUUUUUAAGUCUUUAAACUGUUAUAAGGCACGGGAUGUAGAAUUUCAUGUUUUUAAUCAUGAUGGUUAAUUGAAAUGAAUUCUUCUGUUUAUAUUUAUCGUUUUUGCAUCUUGCUUUUAUACAGGCGUAAUAAAUAGCUCAAGAAGGUAUAAAAACAAAUCUUCGUACUCACAUGUAGCUUGGCUUAUCUGCACCUCCACUUUGCUUUAGUGUAAAUGUUGGCCCGUAGCUGUCCAGUGCAUAUCAAAAUCACUGCGUUCUUCCUUUGCGCAGU